AUGGCAGAAUUCAUCACCAUAGAUUUGUGUAUAUUGCAGGUGAAAUCAUCUACAUACACAAGAUUGUGCAGCACGAAGAACAUUUUGACAGUAAAUGGAAUAUUCCCUGGACCAACUUUGAAAGCCAAUAGAGGAGAUACUUUGAUCAUCAAAUUCUAUAACCAGGCUCAAUAUAACAUUACUCUUCACUGGCAUGGAGUGAAGCAGGCAAGAAAUCCAUGGUCAGAUGGUGCUGCAUUUAUAAACCAGUGUCCAAUUAGGGCAGGCAAAAGUUUCACUUACAAGAUUCAUUUAACAGAUGAAGAAGGAACCAUUUGGUGGCAUGCACACAUUGGUUGGGCUAGAGCUACAAUUCAUGGCAUGAUCAUUGUUUACCCCGUAAACGGACAAAACUACCCUUUCCGUAAACCCUAUGCCGAGAUUCCCAUUCUUCUAGGGGAGUGGUGGAAAAAGAAUGUGAUGGAAAUAGAAGAAAAUGCUAAUAAGACCGGCGGAGAACCAAUAUUAUCCGAUGCUUACACGAUUAACGGACAACCGGGCGAUCUUUACCCGUGCUCCAAACAAGAAACCUUUAGGGUUGAAGUGGAGCAAGGAAAAACCUACCUCCUGAGAAUAGUUAGCGCAAUCAUGGACGAAAACGUCUUUUUCGCCAUCGCAAACCACAAACUCGUACUAGUAGGAACCGACGGAUUCUACACAAAACCAUUCGAAACCGAUUACAUAAUGAUAACUCCGGGCCAAUCAAUGGACAUUUUAUUCGAAGCGAAUCAGCCAAUCACACGCCGGUAUUACCUCGCCGCUAGGGCUUACUCAAGCGCAAUCGGAGCUGGUUUCGAUAACACCACAACCACCGCCAUUUUACACUACAAACAAACCACUAAACGUAACCUAAUUCCGUCGUCUCCUUUACUUCCUUCUCUCCCUCAUUACAACGACACGCGAGCAUCGACCGAAUUCACGAGCAAGUUUAAAAGCCUAGCAAGCAAAGAUCACCCUAUAGAAGUCCCGUUAAAAAUCAACACACAUUUGUUUUUCACGGUGUCCGUAAAUUUACUAAACUGCAGCGGCGAAAACCCGUGCGACGGCCCUUACGGAAAGAGGUUUUCGGCGAGCGUGAACAAUGUGAGUUUCGUUCCUCCGAAGAUCGACAUACUGCGAGCUUACUACUACAAUGUUAGUGGCGUUUUCGGGAGGAAUUUUCCGGAAAAUCCGCCGAAGAAGUUCGAUUAUACGGGAGAGGAUUUGGGCGACGAGUAUCUGACGCCGGAGUUCGGGACUAGGGUUUUGGUUUUGGAGUACAAUGCAAGUGUUGAGCUGGUUUUGCAGGGGACUAAUGUUUUAGCAAGUGAUAACCACCCGAUUCAUUUGCAUGGGUACGGGUUUUACGUGGUCGGGUCGGGAUUCAGUAAUUUCGACCCGGAAAAGGACACGUUGGGUUAUAAUCUGGUGGAUCCUCCUCAGGAGACUACUGUGGGGAUUCCUAAUAAUGGUUGGGUUGCUGUUAGGUUUAGGGCUGACAAUCCAGGAGUAUGGUUAUUGCAUUGUCAUUUAGAGAGGCAUCAAAGCUGGGGAAUGAGUACUGUUUUUGUGGUUAAAAAUGGUGACACUGCUCAGAGUAAAAUACUUCCUCCACCGUAUGAUUUGCCUUCAUGCUCGGAUUAAUUAAUAUUUUUUUGCAAAUUUUAUUUAUUUAUUUUUAUUAUUAUUAUAAUUAUCAUUUUUUUUUUAU